AUGUUAACAAUCUUUGAUGAGUUUUAUAAUAAUAAAAAUAUCCCUGACUUCCUUGAUGAUGAUGGCAUACUCAUGAAUAAGGAGAAUAACAUCCAAUUGAAAGAAUUUUUAGUCAAUAAUGAAGACUUAGUAACACAGAUGCUCUCCUUUUUCGAGUAUGAUGAAUUAGAAACUGAUCACAAACGUGUAAUCAAAUAUCCUUUUGUCGUAAGCGAAUUGUUAGGAUCACUUUAUGCUCUAAAUGCAAAUCAUCUGAAUUUCCUGAUCCAAUUGUUGAAUUCACAUAAUAGUCUGCCUUCCAUCACAAUUGGAUACAUAAGUAAAGUCAUUAUGAAUGUUCUUAAACACAAUCCAUGUUUUUUUUGGUAAAAUGUCUAAUUGCCAUAAUUGGGUAUUUUACUGCAAGAUAUCAAUAAUUAUGCUAUAGCUGAAUUAAUCUAUUCUAUGAUUAUAUAUUAAACAUAGGACAAUCAAUUGGACUAUUUGAAAUAAAGAAUGGAAUUGGUCAAUUGCUUAUUGAAUGAUAUCAAUACUGACAGAAGUGAGGGCAUUUCCAAUGUCAUCUGCAUGUUAUUACAACAAAUUACUGAAACCCUCCAAGAAUAGAAAUCCCUCAUUAUUAAACAUCUAUUUACUAAAUUAGACAUCUUUUUAUCUGCUUUGCCUUAUAGACCAUAACCAAUUUUAAGUAUCCUCAUUAAUCUUAUUAAACAUCAAUAAUAUUAUGAAUCUGAAGUCAAUUAAAUUUACAAUCAUUUUCUUGAAAGAUCCAAAGAAUUAUUUGAUGAUUUGCUUAAAAACAGUGGUUCUUUUGGUCAAAAUAAUCUCUCAUACAUUCAAUUUUAUGAUGUCUUGACCAAUUAAACUUAUAUUUUACAGAAUAUCAAUGCCUAACAUUUAGAGAUUGCAUUGUUUCAACUAAUUCAAAAGUAUCAAUUUCAUAAUCAAUUACACAAAUACGCAACAAGUAUCAUCCUUAAAUUAAUUCCAUAAACUGACUCUCAAUAAUUACUUUAAAUUGCCCUUUCUGAGUUUAAGAUUAAACCAAUAAAGGAAAAUAGAGGAUAUGUGGUUUAGAUAAUUAACAAAAUAAUUGAAGUGAAUUUUAAUCUACAAAUUUAAGAAGAAGAGUUACAAAAUAUAAAUUCAAUUCAAAAUAAUUAUUUUUUUGGAUAGAUUCCUGAUUAGAAACCUACAUUCAAUUUACAAGAAGAGUUUGAAGCAGCAAUGAAUAAAUUAUAAAUAUGA